AUGGUUAUGGGUGGCCUGGAAGGAAUCCAAGCCCUCAAGCCAGUGGUGAUCUCCAGCAUAGAGCGAGGAGAAAAUCUGUGUGGGCCAGGUCCUAUAGAAGAUGAAGAUGGGGACAUCCUGAGAGGAACCCACCCAGAUUUUCCAGAUGCAGAGACCUGGGACUGGUCAGUAAUUGAAAGCUCCUUGGGCUUCUUCCUCACACAAAGCUCUUUCCCUGGAGCAGCAGGGGCGAGGAACCUGAGCAGGGCUGAGGGGCAGACUCCUGAGGAAGACUCUGGCAACCUGGAGUCACCCAGCCCUUUCCCAGGAACAUCAGUGGAGAGCCAUUCCCAGAAAACUGAGCGGGGAAGGCACCGCAAGAGGCAGUGCAGGCUCCAAAGGCAGAGGAAGCACCUGACUAGAAAGGAGUCAGGAACCCAAAGAGGCCAUCAGAGGAGAUCCAGGCCACAUCUAAAGCCUCCUGCAGAGGGAAAAGCUGGGCCCAGAAAGAGCCUAUAUACCUGCCGUGUGUGCAGAGAAGAAUUCAAGGUGCAGAGAGACCUGAUAAGCCACCACUGGACGGUUCAUAGGAGUCAGAAACGGUAUCACUGUAGCGAGUGUGGGGAGAGCUUUAGGAGAAAGAAAGAUUUCAGAGCACAUGGGAAAGUUCACAGAAAGAAGAGAGACCAUCCCUGUUCUGAAUGUGGGAAGAUAUUCAACCGGUUAUCGCAUCUCAUUGCCCACCAGAGAAUACAUACGGGAGAGAGACCCUAUUGCUGUGCUGAGUGCGGAAAAAGAUUCGUCGAUAUAUCAGCUCUUAACAGCCACAAGAGAGUCCACUCAGGAGAGAGACCCUUUGCCUGCGCUGAGUGUGGAAAGCGAUUUAUGAAUUCUUCAGCAUUUCGUAAUCAUCAGGCAGUCCACUCAGAAAAGAGACCCCAUCGCUGUAACCAAUGUGGGAAAGGCUUCAAACUUGCAUCAACUCUUACUAGGCACCAGAAAAUCCACAGCGAAGAGAGACCCUUCUUGUGUCAUGAGUGUGGGAAAAAGUUCUGCCUACGAGAACAUCUGAUCAGACAUCAGAUGAUCCACACUGGGGAGCAGCCCCAUUGCUGUGCUGAGUGUGGGAAAAAAUUCAGUCUCCUUCAAAGUCUCAGGAGACACUGGGAAAUCCAUAGCACGGAGAGACUCCAUCGCUGUGCUGAGUGUGGGAAAAUAUUCGGUCAUCCAAACACUCUCACUAGACACAAGAGAGUACACACUGGGGAACUCUAUCGCUGCACUGACUGUGGAAAAGGCUUUGUCCGUCUACAACAUCUCACUCGCCACCAGAGAAUCCACACUGGAGAGAAACCCUAUUGCUGCACUGAGUGUGGGAAAAGUUUCACCCAAUUGUCAGGCCUUAUCAACCACCAGAGAAUCCAUUCAGGAGAGCGACCCUAUCCCUGCACACAGUGUGGGAAGUGCUUUGCUCACUCAUCAUCUCUCACUGAACAUCUGAAAAUCCAUUCAGGAGAGCGACCAUAUUCCUGCAUUCAGUGUGGGAAGCACUUUGCUCGCUCAUCAUCUCUUACUCAGCAUCGGAGAACCCACCCAGGAGAGCAACCAUAUUCCUGCGCUCAGUGUGGGAAGCGCUUUGCUCGCUCAUCAUAUCUUACUAAACACCAGAGCACCCACUCAGGAUAGAGACUCCUGACCCUUGUUUUUGAUGGAGGGAACUUCUUCAACCUCUCACUUCACCCUGUUCCCAAAGCCUGUAAAAGAGGGAGAAGUUAGAACUUGCUCCCACUCUGAAAUGUUCCCACCUCUUCACUAAGUAGACACAAGUUUAGGUGCUGAGUUUGUUAAAAUUAUUUUGUGUAGUCCUGGAGAUGGAAGAAUUUAACCCUAGAGGUACUGAAACAUUCCAUUGUGGGCAUUAUGGGCUGCAGCUGGGACAGAGAUGAUUGGUGUCAGGACUGCACUUUGGAGUCCACAAAUCAAUCAAACAGCCACAAAACAAAUUGAUCAGCAGUACCAGGCCAGUGUCUCCCUGUUCCUCAAGUGGAGAAAUCCGUGGCUGUGCCUGUCUGUCGGAGGGCGAUGAUGAGAUGCGACUUUAUGUCACUGUUGUCUCAUCGUUCUUGGAGGGAAUAAAAUAAUACAAGAGAAUGAUGUGUCUGAAAUGGCUGCAUUGCCAUGUGUGUAGGUGAAGACCUGCAAUUUUCCCUGCAGUGCUGACUUUAUCCAUGACUGCCUUUCUUUUUGGAGCAGGUUAUACCAGCUGCAUUUCAGUUCAAUUGUAAUAUUCUCUAAACUGUUAUUCCCACUCUAGAAAUGGGGGUGUUAGGCUUUGAACUAGUAAAAAUCUCCCAGAAUAUUCUGUGCUCAUGCUAAUCUUUAUUGAGCUAAUUUACUAGUAGUUCAAUUGUUCUAACCUUUGUUCAUUGUAUAUGUGACAUCUGUCAGACGCAAGAUGUAUGCUCUGUUAAGGUUUGCCAAAUAUGAACUGUGUGCUAGGUACAGUUAGUGCAAAUGUGUCCUUGAUCUAAUGCUACUUGUGUGCUAUGGUCUAUUGCCAGCUAAACUGCAGUGUGCAUAAUUAGAUAAGAAAAGGUGUGUAAGGUCUGUGGAAUUUGGAAUUUUCUGUCUCCUAAAUGAGGAGAAUACAAUUAUCAGCUAAACUGUGCUCAUAGUU